ACAGCCCUCUGGUCUCUGCAAAAUGCAGAACGCCAAGAUCCUGGUGGCGUCCUCCGCUGAGCGCAACAAGGGGCCCAUCCUGCACGUACUGAAGCAGUACCUAGACCCGGCCCAGCACGGCGUCCGCGUGCUCGAGGUAGCCUCAGGUACCGGCCAGCACGUGGCCCACUUUGCACAGGCCUUUCCCCACGCCGAGUGGCAGCCCUCCGACGUGGACCAACGCUGUUUGGAUAGCAUCUUAGCCACCGCGCAGUCUCACAGGCUGUCUAACGUGAAGGCCCCGCUCUACCUGGACGUGACCUGGAACUGGGAGCAGUGGGGCGGCAUCCUGCCACAGUCGCUGGACCUGCUGCUCUGUAUCAACAUGAUGCAUAUCAGCCCUCUGAGCUGCACCGAGGGUCUCUUCAAAGCAGCCAGCCACCUGCUCAAGCCCAAGGCGAUGCUCAUCACAUAUGGGCCUUACGCAGUCAACGGGACCAUCUCUCCCCAGAGCAACGUGGACUUUGACUUGAGCCUGAGAAGCAGGAACCUGGAGUGGGGCCUGCGGGACACAGCGCUCCUGCAGAGUCUGGGCCAAGCCAGUGGCCUCCUCCUGGAGAGGAUGGUGGACAUGCCGGCUAACAACAAGUGCCUGAUCUUCCGGAAACAGUGACCCGUCCUGGAGGAGCCCCCUAUGAGGACAAGCCCAGACCACGAGUCUGUCUUCCUGGGGCCUGGGAGCCAGGAGAUCACUGCCUUGAUGGGACUGGGGCUCUUGGCCACUGGGAAGCUGGGAAUAAAGUGCUGGCUGCCUUGUU